UUAAACUUUCCUGGAAAAAGAUACAUCAAUUCAUCAUCAGGACGUAGUAAUAAAUAUCCUUUAAUAUCUAGUUAAACUCUCGAACACAAACCUCACCUCACCGGAAAAACCUCUCGAACACAAACCACAAGUCUACAACAGCUCUUAUAUAUAUAUGUUUUCGAUUCCUUAUCUCCACUGAGACUUUGCCAAUAGAAAAGAAAACCCUCAAAGUGCACAGUAAUUUGAAGGAGUUGGCCUUGACGUUCAUCUGCAAGACUACUACAACCAUUAUACACUGCUGUUCAUCUGAAGUGAGAAGCAACUGAACCAAACGAACGUGAUAUAUGGCUGGACGCGAUGCAUGGAUAUCGCUGUGGAGUACAUGGGAUAUUCGGAUUUUUGUAUUCUUAAGUCUUUUAGUCCAAACAUUCUUAUUUCUAGCUGCUCCUCUACGAAAGAGAACUUCAAGUAUUUGGGUCAUCAUUCCCCUUUGGUUAGCAUACUUGCUGGCCGAUUGGGUUGCUGACUAUACACUUGGACUCAUAGCAAGAAGCAACAGAAGUUCUUCGACGAGCGCCAUGAAUACAACCUCCACAGAUGAUGGCCUUCAGGCAUUCUGGGCUACAUUCCUAUUAUCACACCUAGGUGGUCAAGACAAUAUAACUGCUUCAGCUCUCGAGGAUAAUGAGUUGUGGCGUAGGCAUGUUUUAAACUUCAUAGUUUCGAGUAUUGGUGUGUGUUAUGUAUUUAUUAAUGCCCUUCCGGUUAAAGAAUAUCUAUGGAUACCAACAACCCUCAUGUUUAUAACCGGGGUGAUCAAAUAUUUUGAGCGCACACGUUCUCUGUUUCUGGCAAGUGCCAGUAGCUUUCGAGAAUCCAUGAUGCCGCAACCAAACCCAGGGCCUGACUACGCCAAACUCAUGUAUGUGUACAAGUCGAAUGCAGCGGCUGGAAUUCCGACACGCAUUGAGCUGCUUCCACAGCCGGAUAGAAACCCUUUGCUCUCCCAAACAUAUAAGAAACACGAAUUGACUGAUUUGCAAGUGGUGCAGUAUGCUUUUAGGUUCUUUAUGGCAUUUAGAAGACUUGCUGUUGAUCUUCGUUUAAGUAUCCCUGAUCGAAAUGAGAGCCAAGAAUUCUUCCUUGCGAGAUCAGCUAAAGAUGCAUUCAGAGUGGUCGAGGUGGAGCUGCUUUUCCUUUAUGAAGUGCUUUUCACCAAGCUCCCUGUGGUGUACGACAGCAAAGGAUUCUGCCUCCGGGGUUUCUCAUCCUUUGCAGUUAUCAUGUCCUUGCUACUCUUCUAUCAGAUGGAGAAGAUGAAAUUUGAACAACUCGAUGUGGCCUUCACGUACACUCUGUUUACUGGAGCAAUUGUGUUGGACUUGAUUGGAUAUACUAUGCUUGUAUUCUCAAACUGGACCUUUGUCCACCUCAUGAACAAUUCACCAGAUAGAUACCAGUCCCUUUUUCAAUUCAUAUGUGGUAGGAUCCGUAGCUUGUUGCUAAGAAUAAAUAUGAGUAGAUUUAAGAAUAAAAAUUCCUGGUUUACCUUACCCAUGAUGCGCCGCAGGUGGGGGGAAUCUAUGGCAACCUUUAGCUUGCUCCAGUAUUGCCUACACGAACGUCCUAGAAAGAGAGAACUUUUUAUUGGUUACCUGGGCCUUACCAACUUCUUUGACGAGAUUGGGUAUGUUAAUCACAUAAGGUUCAAUGUAACAUUAAGAGACUUCAUCUUCACAGAGCUCAAAGAAAAAUCUGAGUUGGCAUAUGAUUUGGAGACUGCUAAAGAGAUUACUUUAGCCAGAGGUGAAUGGGUGCUUCUUAUAGAAGAUUACGGUCAUAAACAAUUACAUCCAUUUCUGGUUGGUGUUGACUAUGAUGAGAGCCUUCUUUUAUGGCACAUUGCUACUGAAAUUUGCUUCCAUGACAGAAAAGAUGAGCCUCUGAACAAGGACUAUCGCAUAAUUGCCAAGACAAUUUCAGAUUACAUGAUAUAUCUUCUGGUUAUGAGGCCUGACGCGAUGGCUGGUGUGGUCAGCGUGGGGCUAACAAGGUUUCAAGAUACAUGUGCUGAUGCGAAAAGAUUUUUCAGAAGCAGUAAACAAGAACUCAGAAAGCCCGGGUUUCAGUUUAGAGGAAUAAAUGAUCCAACAAUGCUUCAAAGGGCAUGUGAAAGUAUUCUAAAUGUGGAGACGGUGGUUAAACCAGUCACUCUAAAGGGCGAUGAAAGCAAAUCAGUAUUGUUUGAUGCAGCCAUAUUGGCCAAAGAGUUAAAAGCAUUGCCACGCAGGAAUAAUAGACAUCAGAUAGAGGUGGAUAAAUGGUUCAUAAUGAGCAAGGUGUGGGUGGAAAUGCUUUCAUACGCCGCAAGGGGCAUCAGGGCAGAUACUCAUGCACAACAACUUAGCAGAGGUGGAGAUCUUAUUACUAUUGUUUGGUUAUUGAUGGCUCAUUUUGGCCUGGGAGAAGAGUACCAAUUAACUCAUGAUCAUGAAAGGGCAAAGCUGGUGGUGGGAAAGUAACUUGCAAUUUGUUGUCUUCAUCUUCUUUUACUCUCAAUGUACCUGUUCUUUGCUUUCUAAUUUGCCUAUGCACUAUAAAUGAUUUCUGUAUAAGGAGAUUAAUCUGUUGUUACUUA